CAGAUCUGGUUCCAAAACAGGAGGGCCAAGAAGCGGAGAAAGAAGAAGCGGUUCUCUGAGGAGGAGAGGAUGAGGAAGGACCCUGAGCCUCCUCCAUUCUGGCCCAGUAACCUUCCAUUCAGCAGCAACCUUGGAGACAUUUCAACGAAGUCCAAGAAAAACACUGGCAAACCUGAAAGGCCAGGAUUAGAGACUAGCGGUAGGGGUCCCCCCUCCAUCACCCCAGCGAAAGCAUCCAAGCAAUCCCCGCAAGACUCACAUCUACCAAAAGACUACACACCUCCCCCCACCUUUUCCCCCUCGUCCCUCCCGCCCCUCAAUAACAGACCCACUAAUAACCUCACCCAUGAUGCCGGGAGACCGUCACACCUCCCUUGCAAUGCUAGUGCUCAAGACCCACCACUCAAGUCACCGUCUCAAGCUGGUACUCCCGGCAAUGGCCACUCCCAGCUACCCAAACCUCCUCCAUACACUCCCCCCAUCACAACCUCACAAUCACCACUCUGUCAGCUCCGCCCUAAUGAUGACAUCACACUCGACGACCAGAGAGGUUGUCCUGACUCCACCCGGUGACCUGACAAUGCAAAACUUUCCAGCCGCUCCCCCCACCAGGGAGCAUUCUGUCUGGGAACUAUGAGGAUCCUACCAGUUUCCUCACGUGCAGCCUGGCACCACCAGUGUAUGACCCAGUGGUUUCUCUCUAUGGUGGCAGCGUCAUGCUCCCCCCUCCCCCCUACUCGUUUGGCUCGUCUUCCCUCUCGUCCACCAGCAUUCCUCAGUCUUCAUACGCACCAGACCACCACUCCACCAAUAACAACAACCUCUUUAUCGCCCCUCAGUCCCUCAGUAAUAGCAGCAGCAAUAGCAACCUUUCAAACCCUCGCCUGAAGCUCCUCCCCUUGACCACCGAGAAGACCACCUCCGGACCCUCCUCUCUCUCCCCCUCCACCCUCUCCCCCCUCACCAACUCUGAUUGCAGCCCCUCCCCCAUCACCCAAGACGUGCCCCUCCUUCUCCCCUCCACCCUACCCUCCGAGAGAAACUUCUCUCUGGCCUCGUCCACCCGAGGCAGCGUUGGAGGCCGGAGCUCCACCGGGAUCUC